AUGGCCGGCGCCGGCGCCGGCGCCCGGCCACCGCCCGGCGCGCCCGUGCAGCCGGCAGCUGCCGAGCCGGUGGCGCCCCCCGCGCCCGCGCCCGCCCUUGGCCACCCCGGGGCGCUGGCCAGCCCAGCCACCCUCGCGGCGGCGCCCGCCCACAGCUACACGGGGCCCCUGGCCUCGACGCUGCCCAGCGCCGCGGCCUCGCCCGCCCACGGCCCCGCGCCGCCGCAGGCCCACGGCCACGGCAGCGGCGGGGCCUCGGCUCCCGAGGCCCGCGGCCGCGGGCCGGCGCCUGGCACCGCGGGGGCGCCGCCGAGGGGGCGGAGCCCGGGGAGCCGCGCCCGGAGCUCCCUGGACGACCUCAUGGUGCGCUUCGGGACCGCCAUCCGCACCACCAUGCUGCGGGAGCGGCUGCCCGACAGCGGCCGCCAGGAGGAGUCCGACUCGGAGGGCGACGCGACGCCCUCGGUGGCCUCGACGCAGGGCUCCGCCGCGGCGUCGAGGGCGGCGGGCGCCGCCCACGCCUCCGCGCACGCCUCCGCGGGCGCGGGGGCGGGCAGCGCUGCGCACGUCUCCGCGCCGCCCGUGGGCGCAGCCAAGCCCUCCCCAGGCUUGGACACCUCCACGUGGACGGCUCCUGGCUCCACAGGCCCCCUGGCGCCCUCUGUUGCUGGAGGCGCUGCCGCUCAGCGCGCGGCUUCGCCCCUCCGGUCGGCUUCGCCACUGGCUUCGCCCCUCCGGUCAGCUUCGCCUUUCCGGACAGCUUCAACGGGCUACGGCGACGGCUUGCCGAGCUCACCAGAGUUCGGCGAUCAGGGACACCACCUGCGGAAGCAGCUCAUCGAGACCUCCAAGGUCUCCCUGGAGACGGAGGCGCAGCACGAGGAGGAGCUUGUGCUCUUGGAGCAGAGGCAGCAGUGCCAGGUCAUACAGGCGGCGGCGGAGGCCCGGAAGGCGCAGGCGAUCGGCGAGAUCGAGCUGCACGCCAGGCAGCAGGAGCUCCUGGCCGGCCAGGCGUUCCAGGAGAAGCUGUCCGCAAUACGGUCCCGAUUCGAGCACCGGCGGUUCGUGCUGCAGCAGCAGAUGAACGAGGUUGACAGAGAGUACUACCAGGAGCGGGCCAUGGACACGGAGCACUACCUCAACCUUCAGGCGUUGGACCGCCAGUACCAGCUCGGCAAGGCCGCGCGGUCCAGGACGCCGUCGCCCCCGCACGCUGCGGUUGCGCCGCCCGGUGAGCCCCUAGCCUGGCUGCCGGGGCCCAGGAUGGCCGCCUCCUCGAGGGCCGCCUCCCCCUACAGGCCCUUCGAGCCCGCCGCCCCGCUCGGCCCCGUGCAGGUGGCCGCGGCGCCGCCCUACGGCUGUGGCUUCGCCGUCAGCCCCCCGGUCGCGGUCUCGCCCCCGCGGUCGCCGACAGGCCCAGCCACCGUGCAGGCGGCGUGGGCGGCGACCCCGCCGUGCGUCUCCUUCGCGCCGCCGCAGGCCGCGGCCCCGGGGCCCACGUUCCUGGUGCCCGCCGGCGCGCCUCGCCCGCAGCAGGCCGCCGAGCCAUUGGCCUCGGCGCCGCCGUGGGCGCGCGCGCCGGCGUCGCCCCUGGUGCCGGCCGAGCGCCCGCGAGCGCGGCCCUUCGAGGAGGUCGUGUACGCCGGCAGCUCGAUCGUCCCUGCCGCCGUCCAGGGGCCGCCCGGGCCCGCGGCGCACGCCGUGCCGCAGCAGCCUGGGGGCGAAGGCGCCCCAGUGGUGGUGCCGGACGGCCAAGGUGGCUGCUGGUAUUGGGUGUCCGACGAGGAGGACGAGAUUGAGGCGCAGGCCGUGAACUACGCCGCCCCGCUGCAGGCUGUCGAAUACGCCACCCCGCUGCGUACCUUAGACUACGCUGCCCCGCAGGCC